AUGAAUCCGGAGUAUUCUGGUGGUUUAGCUGUGAUUAGUUCAAUGAAUUUUGAUAGGUUCUUGAAGGUUCCAGGACAUGCUCGUUUUAAAGAUGAAGAAACUGGUAUCGGUGUGACAUACAGGGUGGCUGACAGCAGUUCCAACAUUUGGAUGUGGAUGAAAUUACCAUCUUCUUGUUUAUCAUUUAGACCUACAUUAGAGGGUCUAGAUGAUGCUGGUUGGUUGGUGACAGAAGAAGUUGAUGAUGAAGAAGAUGGGGUGAGUGUCUUAUCAAAAGUAAGAGACCUGCGAGGUGAUGCUGAAGAAGAUGAUGAAGACGAUGCUGCAGAAGAAGAUGGUGCAAUCAUGAGACAUAUGAGGUGA